AUGGUGAACUGGACUUUAGGUCCAGAUGUUCUGCUGCUGGAGGGGUUAAAGGUCAGCCCCAAGUCCUCCGUCCCCGCCUUCGUCCUCCUCCUCAUCAUCUACGUCUUCAUCAUGGUGUCCAACGUGGGCCUGGUGGUGCUGAUCACCAUGGAGAGGAGCCUCCAUGAGCCCAUGUACCUGCUCUUCUGCAACAUGAGCAUCAACGACAUGUUCGGGGCGUCGACCAUCAUCCCCCCCCUGCUGGCCGACGUCUUCGUUCCCAGCUCUCAGCGCUACAUCCGCUACGUGGACUGCGCCGUCCAGGCCUUCUGCGGUCACCUCCACGCCAGCGUCGUCCACACGGUGCUCAUGAUCAUGGCCUUCGACCGCUACGUCGCCAUCUGCAGGCCGCUGCAGUACGCCGCCAUCAUGACCAACAGGAUGGUGGUGAAGCUGUCGGUGUGGGCCUGGGCGGCGCCGCUGGUCAUGGUGCUGAUCCUGGUGGGCCUCAGCGUCCGGCUGUCACGCUGCAGACGCACCGUGUUCAACCCGUUCUGCGACAACCCGUCGCUGUUCAAGUUGUCCUGCGAGAACCUGCUCGUCAUCCACAUCUACGGCUUAAGCAUCGCCAUGGGGACGCUGGCACUCUCGGUGUGCGUCGUGACGCUCACCUACCUGAGGAUCGCCGUGGUCUGUCUGAGCAGCAAGAACCAGGCGCUGAACCACCGGGCGCUGCAGACCUGCGCCACCCACCUGAGCCUCUACAUCAUCAUGCAGCUGACGGGCGGCAUCAUCAUCAUCCUCCAUCGCUUCCCGCAUUUGUCGGACCACAGGAAGCUGGCGUCCAUCUUGUUCCACGUGGUUCCUCCUGCUCUGAACGCCGUGAUCUACGGACUGCAGAUCAAAGCGGUCAGAGAGAAAAUUCUGAAUAUAUUAAACAGGAAAAAAAAGACAGUUUUACCGAUGAAAUGA